AUGCUGCCACAGGACGUGGGGACGCAGAAGCCACGCCGUGUGUCGGAGCCCCUGUGCGGACUGGAUAUCCCUCCUGUCCCGCCUGGGCUGUUGAAGAACCGGGACUUUCCUCUGAACGUGAAGCGCAGGCGCUCGGGGUCCACACCUGAGCGAAAGGUGAACUGCGUCCUGGUGGGAGACGGAGCUGUGGGCAAGACGAGCCUGAUAGUGAGCUACACCACCAACGGAUACCCCACAGAAUACGUCCCUACGGCGUUUGACAACUUUACUGUGAUGGUUGUUGUGGACGGGAAACCGGUGAGGCUGCAGCUGUGUGACAUGGCAGGACAGGACGAGUUGGACCGUCUCCGCCCGCUCUGCUACAAGAACGCCGACGUCUUCCUCCUCUGCUACAGCGUGGUCCGCCCCUGCUCUUUCCGCAACCUGAUUAACAAGUGGGUCCCUGAGAUCCAGCAGUACUGUCCCGGAGUGCCGCUGGUCCUCGUGGGCACCCAGCUGGAUCUGAGGGAGGACGUCCAGGUCCUGAUCCGCCUGUCGCAGAACCAGGAGCGGCCCGUGGGCACCGAGGAGGGUCUGCGGCUCGCUCAGGAGCUCGGGGCGGUGAGCUUCGCCGAGUGUUCGGCGCUGACCCAGAAGAACCUGAAGGACACGUUUGAUUCGGCCAUCUUGGCCAGCAUCGAGCAGACGGACAGUUGCAGCGUCCAGCAGCAGAGGAUGACCCUGAGGAAGAAGACGCCCGAUAAGAUCAAGAGUCUGUCGGAGACCUGGUGGAAGAAGAUCACCUGCCUGAUGGGAGAGACCAGCUGUGACUUCAAGUGA